GACGUGGUAGGCCUGCGUCGUACUUUGCAACUCUGGCGUUUGCGAUCGGGUUGGAGAAAGCUGAGAUCCAGGUGACCCUAUUAUAAAAAUGGCUUUUAUUAAAGAGGAGAGUGAAGACAUGAAGAUUGAAGAAACAUUCAGAGUCAAACAUGAAGAUACAGAGGAACAAACAGAGUUGAAGACACUGAAAGAGGAGAGUCAAGAACUGAAUGAAUUGGAAGAAAAAAAUCAGUACAUGAAACAUGAUUUCAUUAUUGGUGAAAAAUACAUACAGACUUCAUCACAAAAAGGAGCUCUGAAUACAGAAUAUAACAAAUGUUUCACCUGCCGUCAGUGUGGAAAGACUUUCACUAAAAAACCAAACCUCAAUGUCCACAUGAGAGUCCACACCGGAGAGAAACCUUUCACCUGCCAGCAAUGUGGAAAAGGUUUCACACAAAGAGGAAACCUGAAAGUCCACAUGAAUACUCACACUGGCGAGAAGCCAUUCUCAUGUGAUGAGUGUGGAAAGAAAUUCAAACGUAAAGUAAACCUUACUUGCCAUAUAGGAAUUCAUUCAAAAGUAGACCGUAUUAAAUGUCAUGAGUGUGGAAAGAGUUUUAGUCAUAAAGUAAACCUCAAGAAUCACAUGAGACUUCACACUGGAGAGAAUCCUUACAUGUGUGUUCAGUGCGGAAUGUAUUUCAGAUAUAAAUCUGCCCUUAAUUCCCAUUUGACAACUCACACUGGACAGAGUCCUUACACCUGCAAACUGUGUGGGAAGAGCUUCACACGAGAACUAAACCUCAAGUGUCACAUGAAUAUUCACACUGGAGAGAAGCCAUUCACAUGUGAUCAGUGUGGAAAGAGUUUCAGACGUAAAGUAACUCUUAGUCAGCACACGAGGAUUCACUCAAGAGAGAACUCUUUUAAAUGUGAUCAGUGUGGAAAAAGUUACACAAGCAUGAAACGCCUAAACAGGCAUGUAGUAAGUCACUCUGCAGAGAAUGUUUUCAAAUGCCAGCAGUGUGGAAAAAGUUUCAGUCAUAAAAUAAGCCUUAAGGCUCACAUGAGACUUCACACUGGAGAGAAACCUUACACGUGCCCUCAGUGUGGACAACGUUUUACUUAUAAACCAUCCCUUGAUUACCACAUAAGAGAUCACACUGGUGAAAGGCCUUAUAUAUGCAAACAGUGUGGAAAGAGCUUCUUACAAAAAGGAAAUCUGAAGACUCACAUGAUAAUUCACACUGGAGAGAAGCCUUUUAAAUGCCAGGACUGUGGAAGGUGUUUCAAUCGUAAAGUAAGCCUUAAGACUCACAUGAGAACUCACACUGGAGAGAAGCCUUACACAUGUCCUCAAUGUAAAAAGUGUUUCUCAUAUCAAAGAGCCCUUCAACUUCAUUUGCAAGAACAUUCUGGAAAGAAACUGCAACGUUCAGAGUGUGACAAAAAGUUUAUGAAUAGCAGCAAUUUGAAAAAUCAACAGUGCAUUCACUCUGGAAGAAGGCGAUUUAAUUGUGAUCUUUGUAAUAAGAAAUUUAUUCUGCCAUCACACUUACAGAUACACCUGAAAAGUCACACAGAAGUGAGACGCUAUUUGUGUUCCUUGUGUGGUAAGAGGUUUAAAUGGCACAGCAGUUUGAAAUGGCACCAGAAAAUACGGACCUGUGUGAAUAUAAGGCUCCGUUCACACCGUAGGUAAACGCAUGCCAUCAAGCACUGUCAAGAGCAUGCCAAGUCAACAGGUGGCGAUAUAAUCUCAACCGUAAAGCCAUGUUGGCCAAUCAGAAGCCUGAAAGUUUCCAGUAGGCAGAGAUAACAGCACUGGCUUCGAGGUCACAAGCCAAAAAUGCCUGUUUCGCUGUCUUCAUAACAAUGCAAAUGGAGUUUGAAAAUCUUCACCCUGGCAGGCGUUUUCAAAAAUGUUCAGUUUCAGUGACCCUGUGCCUGCGUCUGGAUGAACAGCCAAACCGCAUAUAAAAAGCUGUGGUUUUAAAAUGUAAUCGCGUCUGUGUGGACCGGGCCUAAUUUCACUUGUAUAGAGGUGUCAUUCCAUUUUUAUGUAUUGAUGCCUUGGGAUAAAAAUAUUAGUAAUAUUAAACUUCAGUCUUGCUGUGAAAUGCCACAAUGUCACGGUAGGAUUGUAAAUAAAGGGACAUAAAUAAAAUUGAAAUAAACACUGAACUGCAUUAUUUGAUUGAGCUUUAGUAAGAAAAUGCAAAGGUAAACGUUUUCAGUCUGGACUAUAAAGGGGAUAUUAGAUGGCCAUUUUCCGCAAGUUGUUAUUAAAUUUAAUUCAAGUAUAGUGCUUUUUAUGAUACAAAUCAAAAAACUUAUUCUAAAGUGUCAUAUGAAUCAAAAACCUUAUUCUAAAGUGUCAUAUGUAUAUAAACUGACUUAUAAUGUCAGUUUAUGUACAUAUGACAGGAAUUUUCAGAAAAAUUAAGACAAGACGUAGUCAGCCAGACGAUGAACAUAUUAGCAAAAAUUAUUAUUAUAUGAUGCAAUCACACUUGUAACAAUAUCUGUUAGUUCUUUAUGUUGUUUCAGGCUUAGCAUCAUCUGAGGUCCUCUGAGGGUCAGCAUCAUCUCUUCUCAGGUGUUCUUGAUCCAGACUGGAGCUUACAUCCCGUGGCAAAACAGAGAAAGAAAUCGAGACAUCAUUAGAUUAGCUGGUGUUCCAAAAAGGUAAAAUUAAUUAGUUUAACCCAAGCUAAAGAAUAAUAAUUCACAUUUGUUCAGAUACAACUGCAGUCACAAAUAAUGAGCUGUAUUAUUCAAAUGCUUGGCGA